AUGGCAGGACUACCAGUACCUAUACCGGCUGACAAGGCUCCGAAGAUCAUGUGCAUUUCUGACCUGCAGGAAGCUGCGAGCAAGAAGCUACCUGCCGAACUACGAGAAUUCUACAACUCUGGCUCAACGGAGCAGAUAACGAUCCACGAAAACAACACGGCUUAUCGCAAAUACCGGGUACGUCCACGAGUCUUGCGCGAUGUGGCCAAAGCAGAUACAUCGACCACACUUUGGGGACGCAAAGUCUCCUUUCCUCUUGGUGUCUCUCCAGCAGGUAUCCAAGCGGGCGCUCACCCAGAUGGCGAGCUUGCAACAGCUCGAGCAUGCGCCACCAAGGGUGUGAAUAUGGGGAUCAGCAGCUUUGCAAACUAUCCCAUCAAAGACAUCCGUCGAGCAGGUCUAGAUGUUGGCCCGAUCGACCACGGCAUCCAACUCUAUACACUACAGAACCGUGAUCUGGAGUUGAGUAUCAUCCGUGAAGCAGAAGCACAAGGAUGCAAGGCCAUCUUUCUCACAGCUGAUUCGCCAGUUCUCGGGGUACGCUACAAUGAGCAUCGCAAUGACUUCCAUAUACCAGAGACCCUUGGCUGCCCAAUCAUUGGCUUCACGCCAGCGUCUAUCAAGACGCAGUCGCACGAAGCUGGAUUUGACAGCUUCAACUCGGCUGAUCACUCUUGGGCCAGGGAAAUCCCAUGGCUAAGAAGUGUGACGAAGAUGGAGAUUUGGAUCAAGGGAGUCUUGACUGCGGAGGAUACGCUCAUGGCUGUUGAGACUGGAUGUGAUGGGAUCAUUGUGUCGAAUCAUGGUGGCCGACAACUCGAUGGCGUUCCAUCAACCAUCGAUGCACUACCAGAAUGUGUCGAAGCCGCAGCCGGACGUAUUCGAGUCCACAUCGACGGUGGUAUUCGCAGCGGGACAGACAUCUUCAAAGCCCUCGCCCUUGGCGCAGAGCACUGCUGGGUAGGCCGACCAGCUCUUUGGGGUCUGGCAUAUGAUGGCCAGAAAGGAGUGGAGCUCAUGUUGGAUACUUUCCGUACAGAGUUCAAACGCUGUAUGCAGCUGACGGGCUGCAAUAGCGUCAAGGAUAUCACGAAGGCGUGUCUUGGUGUUGUGAGGAGCGAUGGGCCUUUGGCGAGACUCUAA